AUUUAGAUUUAGAACACUUGUAGGAAUAGUUCGAUUAGCAUUUUUUGUCUACUCCAUAUCAUUUCGAAAUAUAUUUUAGUCUAAAAAUAGAGAAUAAAGUUAUAAAUUUUCCCACAUAAUACGGUUGCUGAAUAAUUCGCAAAACGAUUCGAGGAUAAAUAUCAAAAUUUUUGUUAAACUGUUGACAAGAGCACAAGGACAAUGAAUAUCCUCUCCAUAAAUCAGCAUGUUUAUAUACGUCGCUCCGACGGACGCAUUCAUGAGGGUGUCAUCGUUAAGCUCGAUAGCAGCCGGAACAAUAUUGUGACCGUGGAGUGGCAGGAGGGUCAGGCUAUACGUGGCAAGGAGUUGCCGCUGAUCUCAAUCGUCAAGCAAAAUCCACAGAUCUUUAAAGCAACGGCGAAUGGAGCAAAUAUUGGUGUGGUGCCACCAUCCGUUGUGGUCACUGCCACGCCGCGAAAUAAUGUUGUGUUAAUGAAGAUUGAGCGAAUGCGACUGGAACGUGAACGUCGCAGCAAGCGUAAUAAUGAGACGCGCAUGCUGCGUCAGCUAUACGUCGAUGAGGAUCUGGAUAAUACCAAUUGGGAAUUUGCACGCAUGCUGCGAUUGUAUCGACUUCAAACGGAAUUCCCGCCUGUAGGCAAUGCGCCGCGCUCCACACUGAAGAAAAAUCAGAUUGUGGUCUGUGUCCGGAAACGUCCAAUCAAUAGCAAAGAGAUUAACCAACAUGAGCUGGACGUGGUCAGUGUGCCCAAUAGGGAGCUCCUGUUGGUGCACGCGCCACGCAAGCAUUUGGAUCUAACCAAAUUCCUGGAGCAUCACAGCUUUAGAUUCGAUCACACUUUCGACGAGCAAAGCAGCAAUGCUCAGGUCUACGAGAGAACGGUCCGUCCGCUGGUGCAUCACAUCUUCGAUGGCGGGAUGGCUACCUGUUUUGCCUAUGGCCAGACUGGCAGCGGGAAGACGCACACGAUGGAAGGUGAGUUUACGGACAAGAAGCAGAAUAGUCGCGAUGGCAUCUAUGCCCUUGCCGCUGCCGAAGUCUUCGAGCAUCUUCAGCAGCCCAGUUAUUCGCAUUUUGAGCUACGCGUUAGCUGCAGCUUCUUUGAGCUAUAUGGCCCUCGGGUUUAUGAUCUACUCGGGCUUGGGAAGCCACAGUUGCGUGUCCUAGAGGAUGGCAAGCAGCGGGUUCAAGUCGUUAACUUGAUCGAGGAGAAGGUGGCGAACACUGACGAAGUGCUCCAUCUGCUCGAGUUGGGCAACAGUGUUCGCACCUCCGGUCAAACUUCAGCCAAUGCCAAGUCGUCACGCUCCCAUGCUGUGUUCCAGAUUGUGUUGCGUUCCGGUGACAAAGUGCAUGGCAAAAUCUCGCUUAUUGAUUUGGCCGGUAAUGAGCGUGGAGUGGAUAAUUGUUGCAUCAGUCGAGAGUCGCGUUUCGAGGGCUCGGAAAUAAAUAAGUCCUUGCUGGCGCUGAAGGAGUGCAUUCGUGCCUUGGGUCGCCAGUCGGCACAUUUACCGUUUCGCAGCUCCAAACUGACGCAAGUGCUUCGUGAUUCGUUCAUUGGCGGCAAGAAGGUGCGAACUUGUAUGAUAGCCAUGAUUUCGCCGGGAUCUCACUCCGUGGAGAACACACUCAACACUUUGCGCUAUGCGGAUCGUGUCAAGGAGCUGACGACGCAACCAUUCGCCAACAGCUCCACCCAAAGCGCCGAUCCCGUUUUAGAGCAGAACCGCUCCCUGUCUGAUAUCAACAGCACCAGCAAUUAGGCUGGAUAGUUGAAGAUCGACUCCUUCUCAGCUUUACAACCUGGUGAGGCAAGCAAUUACAGUGCUCCCUAAACAUCUAAAACCGCUACACAAAUAAACUAAAUUUGUCAUUUAUCAAUCAAAA